CGAAAACAGAAAGGAUGGAUGCAGCAAAGCUAGAGGAGUUAUUCCAGAUGGGCAAGAACAGGCAAUUGCUUGUCAGAACCUUAAACUGCAUUACAAAGCUGUUUAAAGCCAGACGUCACGUUUAUACAGCAGAGAUGGAGGACAUAAGAGUAUUUCCUUUGGCAUGUGUGGUACAAAACUACGCCUGGGGAAAGGUUGGACUGGACAGUGAAGUGGCCAAACUGGUUGUUGGAGAUGAUCCUCAGGCUUUUAUUAAACACGAUCAACCAUAUGCUGAGCUCUGGAUGGGUGCGCACUCUAAAGGGGAUGCCUGCAUCAAAGACAACAGGAUACCACAGAGGACGCUUGGUCAGUGGAUAGCAGAAAAUCCAGCAUGCUUAGGGUCAAGGGUCAAAAAGACCUUUCAUGGUCAGCUGCCAUUUCUUUUUAAAGUCCUGUCUGUGAAAACGGCAUUAUCAAUUCAGGCCCACCCUAACAGGGAGUUGGCUGUUCAGCUACAUGCCAAGUUUCCCGAGCACUAUCCUGACAACAACCAUAAGCCUGAGAUGGCGAUAGCACUAACACAGUUUGAGGGUCUAUGUGGCUUUAGGCCACUGGAGGAAAUCUCAACUUUUCUGAAAACUGUUCCAGAGUUUCAUACUCUAAUAGGAGAUGAAGCCUCAGAGGAAUUACAGAACAGUGCUGAGGACCCACACCGCGCUGCAAAGGCUUUGAAGAUGUGCUUCACCAGAAUGAUGAAUUGUGAGAAGAAAGUUUUUGUUGAUCAGCUCAACAUGCUGGUAAAAAGAAUCACAGAUGAUGAAGAAACAGGUAAAGAUACAUCAGGAAGUCAUGGGAAGCUUUUGCUGCGACUAAAUGCUCAGUACCCAGGAGAUAUAGGAUGCUUCUCCAUCUACUUUCUCAACCAUAUCAUUCUGGAGCCGGGUCAAGCCAUGUUCCUGGGGGCCAGUGAGCCACAUGCUUACUUAAGUGGAGACUGCAUUGAGUGCAUGGCCUGUUCGGAUAAUACAGUGCGUGCUGGAUUAACCCCUAAAUACAUUGAUGUCAACACACUGUGUGAGAUGCUCAACUACACCCCUGGUCCAGCCGACUCUAAAAUUUUCCCCUGUACGCAAUACUGCUCCGAUCCCUUUGUCCACCUCUAUGAUCCGGCUGUUCCUGACUUCUCCGUUAUGAGGAUUGAGAUCCCAACUGCUGUAAAGGAAUACACAAUUAACCCAGUGGACAGUGCUGGCAUCCUGCUUGUGGUCAGUGGUGAGGCAACUGCUGCUGCUCCCUCUUCCUUUUCUGAUUUGAUCUUGAGAAAAGGCUCUGUCAUUUUCAUCUCGGCCAAUGAGGGUGUCUCUCUGCGUGUGACUUCGACAUGUGGGAUGACAAUGUACCGUGCAUGCUGCCUAUUAUAGCAAACUUGAACCUUCAGUACUUUUCUGAAUUAAAAUGUAGAUUUCCAUGUCUUACGGCAUAUGGGUCACCAUGAUUAAUGUUUUCAGCUGAUAAUUCAAUGAUAUAUACACUACUCACAAAAAGUUAGGGAUAUCUGGCUUUCGGGUGAAAUGUAAUGUUUCAGUACAGAAAGUACUGAAACAUUGGACUGUUGGACAUGCACAUUCAAAAGUCUAGAGAAGGUCACGUUAAGUUCACCUGUAAAGGUUAUAGUGGAUUUUAGGUUCAUCCUGAAUUUUCACCCGAAAGCCGAAUAUCCCUGACUUUUUGUGAGUAGUGUAUAAUUGAUGUCUGUGAAAAGGAUACAUUUCUUGAAGGUACACUAUGCAUGUUUAGGUAUUUUUGGCAGCUGUAGAGCUCCCUCUAGAGUCACGAUAUAUUUAUCUUUUACUUUGCUGUUGUAAAUAGCAAACGUCUCGUGACUAUGCACAAUGAAAAUGCUUUUGUUGUGAAGGUGAAGGAUUAACAACAGGCAAAAACUAUCCCCAAAGAGCUAUAUCUACUGACAAGGUAAUGUUUCACGAUUCUCGCAAGAUUUUUUUGGGCCACCGCUCUUGAAGAUGUAUGGCUGGUUUUCUCGGUAGCGACUCGCUAUCUCUAUGCUGUAGGCCUAUCUAUGCUAGGUGAACGAUUCGCCUAUUACAAGUUCGUUUACCAUCAAAUUGGCUUCGUAAAGGUUAUAUUAAGGUGAAAAUCUUGUAUAGUGUACCUUUUAAGUAUUGUGAAUCUUUAGCCACUUUCCUGAACAGAUUUCUUAGCACUGCCUUGUAAGUGGUUGUGGUUGAAUCACAUAAUAUCUAUGCAUGUCUACAUAAAUUGAGCAGAAUUUUAGCAUUGUUUAUAUGUAUGAUCCAGAAUGUACUUCUUUCCUGUGAAUCAACACAUGCAGUGUCUUUAUAUUUUAUUUGUGAAAUUGAAGGAAUGUUAAUUUGAAAUUAAGGAAUGUUAACUUUCUUUGUUGGUUAUUUGAGGCACAGAUUCCGGUUAUGGAAUUUAGUAGACGCGUUGUCCAAAGUGAUUUAAAAAUGGACAGUAAACAGUUUUAAAAAGUUGGUAAUAUGAUGAACAUAAGACCAGUAAACCUUAUUCAUAGAAUGGCAGUGAUCAGUGAAAAUCUGUGACCAUUGAUUAGUGCAUCAAUGCUCAUCACAGUGAUGUACAUUAUGUGCAAUGUUCUAUCCAAUUAGAAGACUUCAGUUAGUGCAGUGUUUGUCAACCUUUUUUGAGCCACGGUACAUUUUUUACACACAAAAAAAUCCCACGACACACCACCAACCAAAAAGGCAACACAAUUGCACACUGUAGCCUAAUACAGCAAAAAUAAUUACAAUUUAGUCUACAUUUGUUUACAAUUAAGUUCAGAGUCUGCAUUUUUUCCUUUUCAAGUAGGCUAGGCCCAUUCAUGUAUCGCUGUUUUAUGUAUUUUAACCCAUAGAUAUUAGAACGCUAGAUGCCACAUUGUCCGUCGAGUUCUAGAUAUAGGCUAUGUGAACGCAGCUGUCAUUUUGGGGCAAACACCUAUGGUUAACACUUGCCGACAAUAAGAGACCCCUGCCUGAUUUCCAGUCAGAGACAACUGUUUCUCCAUUGACCUCCAGUGAUCGUUGCCCCCACCAUGAUGGCAGCGGUAUUUACGUAGGCUACGUUCUGGAGCCCAAUGCGGUAUCUAGCUUUCUUUCUAUUUUUCACCGUCACUUCUUGUGCGCAUCACUUAAUUAAAAAGGUCAUUAUUGCGCUACCUAGUGCCACCCACUGA